CGGCUCAAAGUCAGCAGCCGGUUCAUCGCUGCUCCGCUCCGCUCGGCCCCGUCGCCAAACUCUCGGCGGAGCAGCGCUGAGGAGCCCGGCUCGCCGCUCGCUGUGCGCGGUGCCCGGCCGCGCUCCGUGCCUCGGAGCGGGGUGCUCCCGGGCGGAUCCCCGUCGCCCGCCCCGCCUGCGCCACCCGUGAAAGCGGGCCCGGGUGCCGGAGGCGGCGGGGAGGGCUGGGACGGGGCCCUGGCCAGGGGUUUCUCUCCCCCCCGCACCUCCUCCCCUCUCGCCGCCGGUUCCCGUGAGGCUGCAAGUGCCGCCGCGGCAGCUGGGGGGCCGGCGGGGGAUGCUGCCGCCGCCCUGCCCAGCGCCGGAGUAAGGGCAAGAGCUGGUGGCGGCAGGAGCGGCCCCGGCGGCGGGACGAGUUCUCGAAGAUGGGCUCUCUGUAAUGCUUUGGUCAUGAAGAAACAAGGAACACUGAAUUGUUAUAUUACAAUGGAGAAAACAGAGGGACAAAUACCAGCACUGUGGCUUCCACCUUGUUGCUUAUCUCUCUGCAGACAUGUGUCGCAAAUGCUCUCUGGGCUGUACUAAGAAAAGGAAAGGCUUAGAAAUUACAACAUCUGCUUUCUUACAUCAUCUUUUCCAAUUUUACAUCCUAUAACCCCUUGAUGAAAGGAGGAACAAUGACUUUAUAUAGCUGCUGUUUGAUUCUUUUGCUGUUUACCUGGAACACUGCUGCCUAUGGGCCAAACCAACGGGCACAGAAGAAGGGAGACAUUAUUCUUGGAGGAUUGUUCCCCAUCCAUUUUGGAGUGGCCGCUAAAGACCAGGAUCUAAAGUCAAGACCUGAAUCAGUGGAGUGCAUAAGGUAUAAUUUCCGAGGCUUCCGCUGGCUCCAGGCUAUGAUCUUUGCCAUAGAAGAAAUAAAUAAUAGCCCAAAUCUCCUUCCCAACAUGACUUUGGGAUACAGGAUAUUUGACACUUGCAAUACAGUCUCUAAAGCCCUUGAGGCCACUCUGAGUUUUGUGGCCCAGAACAAGAUAGACUCCUUGAACCUGGAUGAAUUCUGCAACUGCUCAGAACACAUCCCUUCCACCAUUGCAGUCGUGGGGGCAACCGGCUCUGGGGUUUCCACCGCUGUGGCCAAUCUGCUGGGACUCUUUUACAUACCUCAGGUCAGCUAUGCCUCAUCCAGUCGUCUCUUGAGCAACAAGAACCAGUUCAAGUCCUUCCUCCGCACGAUCCCCAAUGAUGAGCAUCAGGCCACUGCGAUGGCAGACAUCAUCGAGUACUUCCGCUGGAACUGGGUGGGAACGAUUGCAGCUGAUGAUGACUACGGCCGACCAGGGAUUGAAAAGUUUCGGGAGGAGGCCGAGGAGAGAGAUAUCUGCAUUGAUUUUAGUGAGCUCAUCUCCCAGUACUCAGAUGAAGAAGAGAUUCAGCAGGUGGUGGAAGUCAUCCAGAACUCCACAGCACGAGUGAUUGUGGUUUUCUCCAGUGGACCAGACCUGGAACCCCUCAUCAAAGAGAUUGUCAGGAGAAAUAUCACUGGCAAGAUCUGGCUGGCAAGUGAAGCCUGGGCCAGUUCGUCCCUGAUAGCCAUGCCAGAGUUCUUCCGUGUCAUUGGCAGCACCAUUGGGUUUGCACUGAAGGCAGGCCAGAUCCCAGGCUUUCGUGAGUUUCUACAGAAGGUGCAUCCCAAGAAGUCUGCCAACAAUGGUUUUGCCAAGGAGUUUUGGGAAGAGACAUUUAACUGCUAUCUCCCCAGUGAGUCCAAAAAUUCUCCAGCUUCAGCUUCCUUUCACAAGGCCCACGAAGAGGGCUUGGGAGCUGGAAAUGGUACAGCUGCCUUCCGACCUCCAUGCACAGGUGAUGAGAACAUCACCAGUGUGGAGACACCGUACAUGGACUUCACACACUUACGGAUAUCCUAUAAUGUAUAUUUGGCAGUAUAUUCUAUCGCUCACGCUUUGCAGGAUAUAUAUACUUGUACCCCUGGGAAAGGACUCUUCACUAAUGGAUCCUGUGCAGACAUUAAGAAGGUUGAGGCAUGGCAGGUUCUGAAACACCUGCGCCACUUAAAUUUCACCAGUAACAUGGGGGAGCAAGUGGACUUUGAUGAGUUUGGAGACCUGGUGGGGAAUUACUCAAUAAUCAACUGGCAUCUCUCUCCAGAGGAUGGCUCAGUUGUCUUUGAGGAGGUGGGGCACUACAAUGUGUAUGCCAAGAAAGGGGAGAGGCUCUUUAUCAAUGAAAACAAAAUCCUGUGGAGUGGAUUCUCAAAGGAGGUGCCCUUCUCCAACUGCAGCAGGGACUGCCUGCCAGGCACCAGGAAGGGCAUUAUUGAGGGAGAGCCCACGUGCUGCUUCGAGUGUGUGGACUGCCCUGAUGGGGAGUACAGCGAUGAAACAGAUGCAAGUGCUUGUGACAAGUGCCCUGAGGACUACUGGUCUAAUGAGAACCACACAUCCUGUAUCCCAAAGCAGAUAGAGUUUCUAUCCUGGACAGAGCCCUUUGGAAUCGCUUUAACUCUCUUUGCUGUGCUGGGAAUUUUCCUGACUUCUUUUGUCCUGGGAGUCUUCACCAAAUUUCGCAACACUCCCAUUGUCAAGGCCACAAACCGGGAGCUGUCCUACCUCCUCCUCUUCUCCUUGCUCUGCUGCUUCUCCAGCUCACUGUUCUUCAUUGGAGAGCCCCAGAACUGGACUUGCCGACUGCGGCAGCCAGCUUUUGGCAUCAGCUUUGUCCUCUGCAUCUCCUGCAUCCUGGUGAAAACCAAUCGUGUCCUGCUUGUCUUCGAGGCCAAGAUCCCCACGAGCCUCCACCGAAAGUGGUGGGGCCUCAACCUCCAGUUCCUCCUGGUCUUCUUGUGUACAUUUGUGCAGAUUGUCAUCUGCGUGAUUUGGCUCUACACGGCCCCACCAUCCAGUUAUCGAAACCAUGAGCUGGAGGAUGAGAUUAUCUUCAUCACCUGCCAUGAAGGCUCCUUGAUGGCCCUUGGCUUCCUCAUUGGCUACACCUGUCUCCUGGCAGCCAUCUGCUUCUUUUUUGCUUUCAAGUCUCGAAAGCUGCCUGAGAACUUCAAUGAGGCCAAGUUCAUCACCUUCAGUAUGCUGAUCUUCUUCAUUGUCUGGAUCUCCUUCAUCCCCGCUUAUGCCAGCACAUAUGGCAAGUUUGUCUCUGCUGUGGAGGUGAUUGCAAUACUGGCCGCCAGCUUCGGGCUUCUGGCCUGCAUCUUCUUUAACAAAGUCUACAUCAUCCUCUUCAAGCCUUCCCGCAAUACAAUCGAGGAGGUGCGCUGCAGUACAGCUGCCCACGCUUUCAAGGUGGCUGCCAGGGCUACGCUGAGACGCAGCAAUGUGUCACGCAAGCGUUCCAACAGCCUCGGAGGUUCCACUGGUUCCACCCCAUCCUCCUCCAUCAGCAGCAAGAGCAACCAUGAAGACCCUUUUCCUCUACCGGCUUCUGCUGAGCGGCAGCGGCAGCAGCAGCGUGGGUGCAAGCAGAAGGUCAGCUUUGGGAGUGGCACAGUCACCUUGUCACUGAGUUUUGAGGAGCCGCAGAAGAAUGCCAUGGCCAACAGGAAUGCCAAGCGCAGGAACUCCCUGGAGGCCCAGAACAGCGAUGACAGCCUGAUGCGGCACAGGGCCCUGCUUGCUCUACAGAACAGCGAGUCCCUCAGCGCUGAGCCUGGCUUCCAGACAGCAUCCAGCCCAGAGACCAGUUCACAGGAGUCAGUGGUGGGAGACAACAAAGAAGAGGUACCAAACCCUGAGGCCGAGCCCUCCCUGCCAUCAGCUAACUCCCGAAAUUUUAUAGGCACUGGAGGCAGCUCUGUCACAGAAAACACAGUACAUUCCUAACAAAAGAAGGUCAUGAAAAGCACUUCCCCAAGAGGAACUUGCUCACCUCUUGCUUCUGAAUGGGAAAGACAACAAAGAUACAUAUCUGUGACACACUCCCACCACACAUUGUAGCUAUCACCAGCAGGGUAAAACAUGUGCCUCCAGAGGAAAGACUACCAGAAGCCUGUGUCUGGGGAGCCUUGAACUGAAUCUGCAGUUGCUUUACUGAAAUCGGGACAUGUGGAGAGGACAAGUGAAGGUGGGGCUUAAGCAGAACUCUGCAUACUGUCUUGCCACUGUAAGCUUUUCCUGCCAGACUGCAACUCAGCUGACUAUGGGAGGCACUGAGCAAUUCCACUAUACUCUGCUUUUACAUUUAUGUAUAAUAUUCCUCUUUCCCACUAUGUAUAAUAUUCCCUCUUUAUCUGGUAUAUGUGAUCUGUAACCACGUGCAUCAGGGCUCUCAGCUCUUCAAAAGCAAGAUACACAGUUUCACUUGGGGAAAGCAUGGUCACUGGGAAAAUAAAAAAGCCCCCAACAUCCUGCAUGCUGUGUACAGCCAGGGGUGUGAACGUGUAAAGUAUUUAAUGUGACAGAGCACCCUGCUAUUUAUAUUUAGUAAUGUCCCAAUUUCUCCUCUCUGCCCAGCAGGAAAUACUGGACAGUACCCUUCAUAGACUCCAUUGCACUAGACCAAGCUACUAGGUUCCUACUGGUUUCUUCCAGCAGAUGUAGCUUUACCUCCAGCCUGCCUGCUUUGGUGGAAGGGGAGAACGGAUUGUAAAUCCCCCUGGAGAUUGCUGCAAGAUCACAAUGAGAUGUAUUCGUGAUUGAUUAUGUCGCUAGUAGUUGUAUGCUUAACAAAGUGUUGCUGCUGUAAUAUUCCAUAUGGCAUACGUGUCUAACCCUUCCACACCAUAGUCAGUGUUGUGCUUUGCCAUAUUAAUCCGCCUCAUACCCACGUAUAGCAUUGCGCUGGUUGUGACAAUACUUGUGGGCCUGACACAAAGCAAAUGAAACAAGGUGAUAUGGAGAAAUAGCCCCCAAAUUUGAUAAUAUUUGAGAUGAAUAUUGCAAGUGUGCAUGCUGGUAGAGGAUGGAGUAAAUAAAACGUACAGAGUUGGGCUCUGAGACAUGCAAACUGACAAAUGAGUAAGCUGGAUGUUUGGUUCCUGUAGGCCUUCAACUAGGCUAUGUCCCUCUUAGCCCAUUUGAAGAGACAGCACCUAAAGCAGGAAGGGUAUACUGUGCCUCAAUGAGAGUAAGGACUUCAGUAGGGAGCACAUCUGAACUUCAUUUGUCUUGGCUCUUGCUCAGCACCCCAAAAGUAGACAUAAGUGCUCCUAACUAUGCACGGUGUGCCUGGUUCCUCUGCAUUCUGCGAAUGUUGAGGUAAGAAAGUCCUUAGAACAGAUUUCUGUUGCAGACUAGGGAACCUGGCAGGAAGGACAAGGUUAUUCUGUAAAAUUUACUUCCCUCUUCCCAGAUCCCAUUUGCAAGAACAGGCACUUGUCACAAAGAUGUCAGUACCUCCCCUCAUCACACACGAAGGCACUCUUAGACCACUGUGGAACGGUAUAUAGGCCUGCUACUUAUUGCAAGUGGAGAAAAACGGACUGUUGUGAAUGUGAUGGGGAAAAUACCACAAUUCUCUUGUUACUGUUUUUGCUUGGUUGACGUUCUGUGUUUCUGUGUGGUUUUUUUCUGGCCAGAGCAGGAAAAUAAAACUUACAGGUGACAUUA